CUUGAAGCAGGGAAGAAGGCGCGUCUCGGUGUGGACUGUGCAUGCGGUUCGUACCUGAAUUAUAGCACUAAAAGUCUAUUUAGAGCUACGCAAACAGUUCGGUAACGUACAGGAAUGAAAUAUAUUAGUAAAUAAUUAUACAGGAUAGAAUGUGAUAAGUGCAACCUUAAAAAAUAUCUGUUUGAAGUUAUACUUUGAAGGUUUCGCUUCUAAGUGAUUUUCAUUGACCAGAAAUAUGAAGAAAAACUAAAAUUUAUGCCUUUAUGAAUUGUUUUAUACAUGGUAGAAAACAAUGGAGCAUUGUUCAAGGAUUAUAUUGCAAUUUUUGAUCGUUCUGUUACUGUUCUGUUUAAAGUCAUGGGCACUUGGGCAAGUAUAUAAUCUCAGUGUGUCUUUUGUGGAGGGUUUACCUGUAGGAACCAGAGUAGGGGACAUAAGAGCCGCUUUUCCUCCAGGUGUACAAAGCAGUGGGUUCUUCAUAUCCGAGAGCACAGACUCGGACAUUUUCCGUGAUCUGAAAAUAGAUUCAGAGACAGGAGUCAUUUCUACAUCUGCAGUUUUGGACCGUGAGCGCAGAGACAGAUAUGAAUUUUCUGUUACAAGUCUGAGUGGACAGGUGAUCAGGGUUCACGUGGUGGUUAAAGACAUAAACGAUCACGCACCUGUGUUUCCUGAAGCAAUUGUGAUGCUUAACAUGUCCGAAUGGACCCCAACUGGGACAACAUUUCACCUGGAUGCUGCAGGAGAUCAGGAUGAGGGCAGGUUUGGCAUUCAGGGGUACAGAAUUUUAGAAAGUAGCACACAGGAAGUUUUCAAACUGGACGUCCAGAGUAUGGAUUUAGUUCUUGUGAAAGAGCUGGAUAGAGAAACUGAGAAUUUCUACAAUCUGACCAUUGAGGCUUUUGAUGGUGGGGUACCACCAAAAACUGGGUACUUGCAAGUUAACGUUAAUGUUUUGGAUGAAAACGACAACCACCCUGUGUUCAAUCAGACUGACUAUCAAGCUUUUAUUUGGGAAAACACCCCUAUUUUAGCCCCUGUGUGCCAGGUAAAUGCGUACGACCUGGAUAUUGACUCUAAUGGCCUCAUCACUUAUGAGAUCAACCAGAGCAACUCGGGCGAGUUUUUCAUUAUCGACAAAUAUACAGGUAUCAUUCGAGUGCAUAAGAUUCUGGACUAUGAAACCAGGAGAUCUUUUGAGCUGGUUGUAAUAGCUCAGGAUCAUGGAUCUCCUUCGAAAUCCAGCAGUGUGUUUGUAGAAAUCAGGAUUCUGGACGUCAAUGAUAACAGCCCCAAUAUCAGCAUUGUGUUUUUGAGUGAAAGUGGAGAUCCAGAGGUUUCUGAAGGUGCUGGUUAUGGAGAUUACGUGGCCAGAAUCAUCAUUUCAGACCCUGAUUUGGGAGAACUGAACAAAGUCAGCGUUCUUCUCGAAGGUGGAGAGGGGAAGUUCAGCUUGAAGUUUGUAGAUGAGUUUGUGUAUGCUUUAUGUGUGGAAGGUGCACUUGACAGGGAGGAAAAGGAUCAGUACAAACUCACCAUCAUCGCCUCAGACUUCGGUUCUCCUCCUCUGAGAAGCGAGAGGACGUUUGUUCUAAGGAUUUCUGAUGUGAACGAUAAUGCACCGGUUUUUGAGCAAAAAAUCUAUGAGUCAAACGUUUUUGAGGAUGCUGCUGAAGGAAGCUCAGUGAUACAGGUCAAGGCCCAUGAUGAUGAUGAGGAUUCUGGGAUAUCAUACUCCAUUUUACAGUCAGAUCAAAGUUUUCUGGUGAGCAUUGACCCCCUGACUGGUAUCAUCAGCACUGCUGCAGGUUUGGACCGAGAGCGAGAGUCAGAUCUGGUGUUUUUGGUGGUGGCUGUGGACUCUGGCUUUCCUCCUUUAACCUCCACAGCUACUGUUAGCGUCUGUGUCGAGGAUGUCAAUGAUAACGGCCCUGUGUUCCAACAGCAGAUCUACAACACCACCAUUCGGGAACAUUUUGCCAUUGGAAGCUGCUUUAUCCAGGUAACUGCUGAGGAUGCUGAUGGUGGCGAGUUUGGAUCGGUGCGUUACAAUUUUUCAGACGCGUUUAACACUGAAUACGCACACAAACUGUUUCACAUCAACCCCAUUACUGGAGAGAUCUGCGUGUCUCGUGACAUCGAUCGCGACGGAGGCCUGGUGAACUUUGACCUUUUGGUAAAAGCUGAAGACCAAGGAGGCCUCGGCUCACAGAUGUAUCUUCAUGUGGAUGUGGAGGAUGUGAACGAUAACGCUCCUGAAUUUAACCCAGAGAAAUACAUCACAAGCUUGAGUAGGAACACUCAGCCUGGAGCUGAAAUCCUCACCGUCUUUGCCACUGAUCGAGAUUCGGGUAUCUACGGACAAGUCUCAUACGAGCUUCUCCCUGGAGACCAUGCAUCUUUUUUCUCUGUGAACGAAUCCUCAGGCACACUCUCCGUCUCCUCUAGUCUCUCUGAGCUCGGUUCUGGAAGUGUGCAACUUGCUGUCUCCGCCCGUGAUGGAGUGGGUGUGGCUUCUCCAAGACCUGCUGACAUCAUCAUCAACAUUCUGAACGCUGGCCAAGCCCCUGCACUCUUCCAAAAGUCCUACUACAGCUUCUCUGUGUCUGAAGAUUCUCCUCCCGGCACCUCGGUGGGGAAAGUCCAGGCUGUAAAACCUCAUGAUUUGGUGGAUGCUCACAUGUAUCGAAUCUCCUCUGGUAACCCUGAGGGAUUUUUUUCUUUGGAUUCCCAGUCUGGUGUGAUCUAUACCAACAUUCCACUGGAUCAUGAGUCCCUACCAAGUGCACUUCUCACUGUUCAAGCUCACAUUAAUACUCAAGCCAUCUAUAGCACCGCUCAUGUCCACAUCAUCAUCACAGACAUCAACGACAACCCACCUGUCUUCCCAAUGAGCCUGGACUUCAUCACAUUAUCCCAUAAAGCUCUUCCUGGGACGACGGUCUACGUGGCACACGCUCAUGACAGCGACAGUGACGCUAAUGGACAGAUUCGCUACUCUCUGCAUCCUGAGAGCCAGUUAUUUGCUAUUCAUCCUCAUUUUGGGACUUUAACACUAAAGAGCAGCAUUACAGAAGACACUCCACAUAGAUAUGAGCUCAAAGUGGUGGCUGAAGAUGAAGGAAAUCCAUCAUUAAGUGCCUCAAUGAGCCUUAUGGUGGAGCUUGACUCUUCAACGAACGUGAAGGAUGUGCUAGCCUUCGAGACGCUAAUUUAUCAAGUGGACAUUGGAGAAAAUGCUCAAAGUGGCACUCGUGUGAUCCAAGUUCGCGCCCAUGGGAUCAAAUCACAGUCUGGGUCACCUUUACCCAGAAUCCUCAGCUACUCUAUAGAGCCUCUGUCCACAACGUUGCCGUUUCUUAUCCAGCCUGAGAGCGGCUGGAUCUUCGUGGCUCGCAGUCUGGAUUACGAGUCGGAGAAGACGUACAGAUUUUACAUUCGUGCCACAGCUCGAGGCAGUGAUGAAGAAGUGAGCACAUUAGCCACCGUCAUCAUCUCAGUGCAGGAUGAAAAUGAUAACAAUCCAGUUUUCAGUAGAGACAGAUACUUUUUCAGCGUCCCAGAGAGUCUGAACCCCCAUGGCCUGAUGGGACAUUUGAACGCUACAGAUAGAGAUUCAGGGAAAAACGGACAGCUGUCCUAUAUCCUCCUGUCUGACACCAAACACUUCCGCAUUGACUCUAAAACAGGUGGGCUGAUUAACUGGGUGGCUUUGGAUCGAGAGCUUCAAGCUCAUCACACGCUGACAGUCUUAGUGACUGAUCACGGUCAUCCUCGCCUCAACUCCACCACAACCGUCCAUAUAACCGUGACCGAUAUCAACGACAAUCCACCUCAGUUCACGCACCAGGAGAUCAGUCUGCAGGUAUGUGCUGACCUUCCUGUCCGGUCAGUGAUUGCUAGCAUGUUUGCUAAGGACCUGGAUGCAGGAGAAAAUGGGACAGUUACAUUUUCUUUAAGAGCAGAUGAUGGAAAGGGUCAUUUUGAGAUUGACAGCCAGAGUGGAGAAAUCAAGGUUACAGGAAGAUUUGACCGAAACCACCAGACGAGCUACACCAUCGGGGUGGUUGCUACAGACAACAGUGCUGCACCUAUAGAGCAGACGGCACUUGUGCACAUAAAGGUCCACACAUGCUCUCAGGUGCAAGGACAUAAAGUGGGUAGUCGUGAAUUUUUGGGUCUCCGAUGUUUAACCGUCAGAGAGGAUGCCAGCGUGGGAUCUCUGAUUGGCUCGCUUGGAAUUUCCAGGGGAAACGGUCAGCUGCUGCGCUACACUGUCGCUAAUGGAGGUGGAAGUUCGCACUUUACUACUGAUGCAGCGAAUGGGAACAUUUAUCUAGCAAAGCCUUUAGACUACGAGACAAAUCAGCAGUACCAUUUUGAAGUUCAUCCCAAUUUUAACUCCACCGUUUUAGUGUCUGUCAGCAUAACUGAUGUAAAUGACCACACCCCCAGUUUCCCUGGCAACAACAACAUUGUGGUAUUUGGUGUUCAGGAAGAUGUCACUGUAGGAACCGUUGUGUACAUCUUCAAAGCAGUUGAUGGUGAUGCGACUCUUCGUAACAGUGCUGUACGUUACACGCUAAACUUUGACCCGAACCUCACUGCAGAGAAGCUGCCAUUCAGGAUUGACCCUGACACUGGGGCGGUCCUAAUAGCUUUUCCAUUGGAUCGUGAGCGCAAUCAAAGUUUUGCCUUUGUCGUCACUGCCAACGACAGCAGAUACAUUGACUCUGUGACGGCUCAGGUGUUCUUAUUGGAUGUCAACGACAACAGCCCCACCUUCAUUUCAAACGAAACUGUUCACAUAGCAGAGGACACAGAGGUCGGGAGUCUUCUACAUCAUUUCCUGGCCAGAGAUGAAGAUGAAGGAGUGAACAGUCAUGUAAGCUUCAGUCUGAUCUCUGGAAAUGAAGCUGGAGUCUUUCGUUUGGAGAGAUCAGGUCACUUGUAUUUGAACUCCUCUCUGGACUAUGAAACCCAGCAUGUCUUUGGGCUCACAGUCCAGGUCUUAGAUAGCGGGACACCGUCUCUUUCCUCCACUCAGACGCUGACUGUGCUGCUGGUGGAUGUGAACGAUGAGACACCGCAGUUUGAACAGAAUCUUUAUCGAGCCAGCGUGAUGGAGAACAGGGAGCCAGGUGAAGCAGUGAUCACAGUCAGAGCAGUAGAUCUGGACUCAGGUGAGAAUGCUAAUAUAAGCUACAGCCUCUUCCCUGGCACAGGUUAUGAGUUUUUCAGCAUUGACUCACAAUCUGGUCGUAUCAGCACCGCCACAAAGCUGGACCGGGAACUGCAGCACAGCUUCACUCUCAGAGUUCAAGCAGAGGAUGCUGGGAUUCCUGCUCUCUCCAGCACAACUAUGGUCCUCUGUUCUGUGCUUGAUGACAAUGACAAUCCACCUGAGUUCUCCCAGUCGUUCCUCCACAUCGUUAUACCAGAGAAUCUCCCUCUGGGGGUCAUUCACACUGCUGUGACCUUUGACCCUGACAGCGGGAUCAAUGGAACGGUAUUCUACGCUAUAGAGAAUACUUUUGGAGAUUUUUUUAUUGACACAGAGACUGGAGCUGUCAGCACUACUAACUCUCUGGAUAGAGAGAAACGUUCUAAUUACACACUCCUUAUUAAGGCUGCUGAUCAGGGCUCUGCCCCUCUCACCUCCAUUGCCACUCUUUCUAUAAGCCUCUCAGAUGAGAAUGACAACAGUCCGGCUUUUGAGCAAACUUCCUACCAUGCCAUUGUUAGCGAAGACCUUCCUCCUGGCAGUGAGAUUAUCCGUCUUACUGCUCGAGACCCAGAUGUAGGUCAAAAUGCUGAGGUCACCUUCUCCUUGAUUGACGACGAUUCCGGGACAUUUUCUGUUGACUCCUCGACAGGAGCUGUGCUUUUAACGAAACCCCUGGACCGAGAAAUUCAGUCACAGUACAAUCUCCGUGCUGUAGCGACCGACGGCUGUAGUCAGGGUCCGCGUAGUUCUGUCGUAACUGUCAGUGUUGAGGUGGGGGAUGUUAAUGAUAACAUGCCUCACUGCAUUAACGACCCAAUAAGGGCAUCGUUUAGCGCAGAAUAUAACCAAACUGUCGCCGUGGUGACAGCACAUGAUCCAGAUCGAGGUGAAAACGGGACAGUGGUGUUCAGGUUAAUGAAUGAAGACGAGAAAUUUCAGAUUGACCAAUUGACUGGAGUGGUGCAGGCAAAAUCUCCAAUGAAGUCCAACGUACCUGGGACGAAGGUGCUGAAGGUUUGGGCCACAGAUUUGGGCUCACCUGCUCUCACCUCCACCUGCCUUGUGAUAAUUACCCUUAAUGGAGAUGAGCCUCUGCUGCAGUUUACAGAGAAACACUAUGAAGUGAGCUUACCUGAGAACAGCCCUACAGGCUCCUGGGUGGGAAACAUUGUAGCUCAUGAUCAAAGUGCUACAGAAAUCACAGUGAAGUACAGUGUUUUUAGCGGCAAUGAGAACAGAGCGUUCAGCAUGGACGCAAACACAGGGGAUAUAACAGUUAGAGAUCAGCUCCUGUUGGACUUUGAGAGGGAGCGUGAGAUUCAUCUGGUGGUUUUGGCAGAAAAUGGCCACCAUUCAAGCCACGCCAGAGUGACUGUCACUCUACAGGAUUUAAAUGACAACGCUCCAGUGUUUAAACAAAGUUACUACAGAACUGCAGUCUGGGAAGGACAGAUUCCUAACACUUACGUCAUGCAGGUGUUAGCAGUGGAUGCUGACAGCGGUGUGAAUGGGCAGAUAGAUUAUUCCAUAGUGGAUGGAAAUCAAAACAAUGUCUUCAUUAUCGACUCUGUGCGUGGGAUUCUGGCCACCAGUGCAGUCCUUGACCGAGAAAUCAUCUCCUCUUACAAAUUGAUUGUUGAGGCUAAAGACAGGGGAAAUCCUGCUCUGAUGGAAACAUGCACUGUUCAGGUUCAGGUUGUGGAUGUUAACGACAACAGACCAGUGAUACGAGUUGUGGAGCCUCUAGAGGUCCCUGAGAAUUAUCCACCUGGCCAUAUCAUUUUCCAAGUAAUGGCCUCUGAUGCAGAUCUUGAUCCUUCGAUCACCUACAGCUUGUCACAAACAGAGGAGGCAAAUGAGAGCUUUGCCAUUGACUCCUAUUCUGGAAUAAUCACAUCUAUCAAAAGUCUGGAUUAUGAGAAGCAGAAUAUGCACAUACUGAAUAUAGUGGCAUCCGAUUCAGUGCAUCUGACAGAGGCACAGAUAACUAUUAAAGUUUUGGAUGUAAAUGAUAAUGCACCAGUGUUCUCUCAGGAGUUUUACCAGGUAUUGUUGCCAGAGCUGACACCUGCAGAUGUGUUUGUGUUGGCUGUAUCAGCUACAGACAGAGACUCCGGUCUGAAUGGCAAGAUCUCCUACAGGCUUCUCUCCUCCACAAAGGAUGGCUUUUAUAUCAGUCAAGUAAAUGGUUCCAUAUAUACCAGCAAACCUCUGAAGUAUGCAGCUGGCAGCAGCAUCAUUCGGCUUCUGGUGGAAGCUCGGGACGGAGGCGAUCCUGGUCUGUCUAGUGUCACGUCUGUAGAUAUAGACGUGCAGGACUCCAAUGAUCAUGCACCUUUUUUCCAGCACAGCACAUACAAGGUGAGUGUGUGUGAGGACACAUCUGUUGGAAGUGUACUUCUUAACCUGCUGGCUCAUGACCAGGAUUAUUCUGAGGAAAACACCCACUUAGACUUUACCAUUACUGGGGGAAAUGAGGAGAGGCGUUUCUGCAUUGAAGCCGCUCUUGUGCCUACAGAGUUCCAGAAAAGUUUUGUGGGUUAUUUAGUGCUGUGUGAUACUCUGGACAGAGAGACCACAGAGACAUACUUGCUGACUGUUACUGUGAUGGAUAGAGGAGUGCCUCGGCUAAACAGCUCAACAAUAGUCUCAGUCACUGUGCUCGACAUCAACGACAAUGAACCAGUUUUUAGCAGCUUGGAAUACUAUGUACAAGUUAGUGAGAACAAUCAGUUAAGUACUUUCCUGGUCUUGGUGUCUGCUCAAGAUCUAGACCUUGGACCAAAUGGCACCGUAAGGUAUGACAUCAUAUCUGGUAACAGUAAAGGGUUGUUCCAGUUGGAUUAUCAAACAGGUACACUGGAAGCCAGUGGCACCUUGGAUUAUGAAGACGAAACUAAACACAUCUUAACUGUCCAAGCAUCAGAUGGUGGUGGUCCAGACAACAGGAAAGUGUCCUUUGCAGUGAUAUUCAUCACAGUGCUUGAUGAGAAUGAUCAUUUGCCCUUCUUUAGGUUCCCUACUAUUAAUUGUUCAGUAGCAGAAAACUUACCUGCUUUUACUCCAGUUUGUGUGGUCCAUGCUAUUGAUCAAGAUGCAGGGAGUUUUGGCUUGCUUACCUACUCCAUUCUGACCUCCUGUUUCAUGGACUAUGGCAUUGAAAACCAAGACAUGAAUGAGGCCUUCACCAUUGACCCUUUCACUGGAGAAAUCCAUACCAAACAAAUAUUUGACUAUGAGAGAGUAAGUGAAUACUGUUUUGUGGUAGAAGCCAUAGACAAAGGAGAUCAAGCUGCUAUGGUGAGGGUUCAGGUGGACAUUGAAGGUGUGGAUGAGUUCAGUCCAGUGUUUACCCAGAAGCUGUAUUAUUUCACUCUGCCAGACAAUGAAAUUGUGGGCCAAAGCAUUGGUUAUGUGACAGCCAUGGAUUACGAUAAGGGUCUGGAUGGCAUUGUGGAGUACAAUUUAGUGAAGCCAUCCCGCUUUUUCAGUGUCAACAAGAACACUGGCAGUAUCUAUAUAUCAAACCCAGUGUAUCAAGGAAGAGGCAACUCAGCCACCAGUGAGGCUGUUGAAGACUUUUUGAUUGUGGCAAGCAGUCCAAGGCCUGAUUCCAGGUCAACGGCUUGCCGUGUUGUUGUAAAUAUUUCCAAUUCAGCAGAAGCACUAACCAGUGUUGCUGUUCGUGUCCAGACUGUCAGCCUUAGUGUUUCUUUUGCAGUGUUCCUCUUGCUCUUUAUAAGUAUAAUUGCUCUCAUAUUAAGGUACAAAACUAAAACGAAUCAGCUUAAGAAGACUGUUUUAUUAGCUGCUAAUGUCAAGCGUAAUCCUAUAACAUGUAACAAAACUUGUGGCUUAAGUCAAGAUAUUCGAGGAAAUAAUGACCCAUUCAGGAACUCUGGCUCAAGUGGACGAGGCUCUGCAGAGGGUGAGACUGCUGAAGAUGUUAUGAUAAGCGAGUACCGGUGUCUCAAGCAACCUGAUCCAGUCAUGACUGAGUCAGAAUUGGGGAUUUCUCUUGACCGGAUUUCCUGCAAUUCGGCUGACACAUAUCUUGGAAAACGGCAAAUGGUGGGAAUGCCCAGUGUUGAGAGUCUGUAUAAUUUUAAAGAAGAAGGAGGAGGUGAAGGGAUGUUGCCUCAUGCGGUCAACAUGAUUGAGAUGGAUGAGGUCAUAAGAAGCUACCAAAAUAUUGAGCACCAAAAUAUCAUCAAGGGAUCCCUCAGUAAUCUGGUUUGCCCAGAGAAGCACCUGAAUGGUAACUGUAACUGGGACAAACUUGGAAAUUGGAAGCCUUAUUUCCAAUUCCAGCCAAUUAUCUUUGCCAACAAAAGCAUGCUUCUUGAAAAGGAACCUAGGGAAGGUGCAAUUAACAUGGAGCUUCAUAGCCUUCUGCACCUACCUUCCCAGCCAAACCUUCACAACACACCUUCUACGAUACCACAAAGAAUGGAAUCAUUUGGUAAAAAGCCCCUUAACCCCAAGUAUAAAUAUUCAUGUUUGCCAAAAAACCCAGGAAUAAAUAAUUUUGGUAUGACCUCUGACCUUUCUCCUUCUCCAUCCCUUCUAACUCUGAGAACAACUAACGCUUCUCCUGUGGUCUCAGAAACUGGACUGGGUAGCGUUACCAAAAUAGCAUCACCACUAAAAGAUGUCUUGGAUGAUGCAUAAAUAUAAGUGUAUAGUUAGUAUAUAAUUUGCAAUUAUUUGCUGUGCAAUGUAAUAAAUAUAACUACAUUUUAAAUACAUUUUUGUUUUUUUGUAUAUUAAACUGGAUAAUGAAAAAGGCAUAUAGUGAUUUUGCUUUGCAGUUGGUUUCUGUUGCUAACUAGUUUAUCAUUUCCCAUUAGAUAUAAAUUGGUAUAGUGUUGGAUAACCUACAUAUGCAUUAAAUUAGUAAUAUUAUUCAAACCAGACUUGACAUAAAGUACAAAACCCUAGUAUAUUUGACAUUUAAACAUUUUAGAAAGUGUUUAAAUGUUCUAAAGUCCAAAAUAUGAUAUUUAGUUUAAAUAUACAACAAAUUAUUAAACUAACAUGACAGUGGAAUUAUUCACUGAACAUCAUUACAGUAACUUCGGAAGUCUUAACAUCACCUUAUUUUACAAUGACUGAUAUGUGAAUUUGUAUUUGUUUUUGUUGUUUUAACUUACAUUUUGGAUUUGUUUUUAAAUAAAUGGCAGUAUACGAUAUUAAUAAAUGUUUUAUCUGAAUUGUAUGAUCUGAAUUAGCUUGUCAGUUCUUGGUAAGUGACAAAGUAAGGGGAAAACUCAUUGAUGGAAAAGCCUUUUUAAAGACAUGAAAGAAAUUAAAUGUGUAAUUAAAUAAAUGUCAUUAAAUCAAGGGGGAAAAUGCACAGGUUUUACAUUUUCCAUGUUUGGCUUUAUGUAAGUAUUUACCAUGAAAGUUUAUUACAUCUAAUAUGAAACUCGACAUUAUAUGUAAUCGUAAUAUAAGGGGAUUACAGGUGUUUUGAAUGUAACUCUCUAAUGUUAUUGGAGAAAAACAAGACAUUGUGAAAUUGCAUC